AUGGCACAUUUUGAGGCACAUUAUGGCAAGUCUUGUCGAAAGCCAUUAUGCUGGUCAGAAGUUGGCGAAAGAAUUUUGGUAGGCCUGAAGAUUGUGGAUGAAACUACCCAGAAUAUUCAGCUAUCACCAUGGAAAGGUGUUGUGCGGUUCGAAAAGAAAGGCAAGCUAAGUCCUAGGUACAUUGGAUCGUAUAUGAUCACCGAGCAAGUCAGUAAGGUUGCUUACAGGCUUGAGUUGCCUCUAGAGUUGUCCAAAGUUCAUGAUGUGUUUCAUGUUUCGAUGCUUCGACAUUAUGUCUCAGAUCAUUCUCAUGUGAUUCCUCCUCAACCUUUAGAAAUUAAUCUGGAUUUAACUUAUGAUGAGAAGCCAGUGACUAUAUUGGAUUGGAAGGAUAAGGAGCUGAGGAAUAAAACAGUGCAUUUGGUGAAAGUUUUGUGGAGAAAUCGCUCAGUAGAAGAAGCUACUUGGGAGACAGAGGAUCAGAUGAGAGAGAUAUAUCAACGCUUGUUUUAUGACUAUUAG